CCGAAACAGCAGCGGCGGCGCAGUGCCCCAACGAAAGUCCACCAAGAAGAGAUUCAGAUUCGACUGUAGAAGAGGAAAAAAAAGGAGAAAAUGCAUUCUUUUGGGUACAGAUUAAACGCUCUGCUAACGUUCUCCGUCACGAUUUUGGCGCUCAUGUGUGCGAUGGCCUCUUUCUCCGACAACCUCAACACUCCUUCCCCCUCUGUGGAAAUCCAGAUAGUGAAUAUCAAUUGGUUCCAGAAGCAGCCGCGGGGGAAUGAUGAGGUCAGCCUGACGAUGAAUAUAUCAGCCGACUUACAGUCGUUGUUUACCUGGAACACUAAGCAGGUUUUUGUGUUCGUAGCAGCUGAAUAUGAAACCCCAAAGAACUCCUUGAACCAAGUGUCACUUUGGGAUGCUAUUAUACCUGCCAAAGAGCAUGCCAAGUUUUGGAUGCAUACAUCAAACAAAUAUCGAUUUGUUGACCAGGGAAACAACCUACGCGGCAAAGAAUUCAACUUGACAUUGCAUUGGCAUGUGAUGCCAAAGACUGGCAAGAUGUUUGCUGACAAAAUCGUCAUGUCAGGAUACCAGUUGCCGGAGGAAUAUAGAUGAGGUUUUAAUGGCUUAUAAUUAAAGCUGUAACGUUAGCCUUCCCUGUAAUGGGGUUUUAGCCUUCCCUAUGAUGGGGGUUAUCAAAGAACUAAUACAGUUUUUGUUGUUUGAAAUGGUGCGAAAAUGAAUAUUGCUGGAUUUUUUUGGAACCAUAUUUUCUUCACUAUUCUUUUGAUUCUCAAUUAGGAUAGGAAAUUAGUUGAACAGAUUAUAGAUAGGUCAGUCCAAGCGGAAUGUAGAAAGACAGCUUACCUCAUAAUCAAAACGUUUAAUUCAA